AAUAUGAGGCGAUUGAAAAUACCAUGGCUUGGUUCAGGCACACCUGAGUCCUCAAGGUGACAUCUUUGCUUUUUAACACUUUAAAGAGGUCUUUUGCAGCAGUAACAAAAACUCAAGUUUUGGGCGUCCUACUCAGUUUCCAUCAGGGAAGAGUGGAUUACAUCUUUACAAUGACUUGCUUCACCUGCUUCCACUCACUUAUACAAAGUCAUCUCAACAGCCGGGUGAAAUGGAUGGAGAUUGUAUUCUACUUCAAAGUGAAACUGCGUUUGUUGUUGAUGAAGUGAGCAACAUUGUCAAAGAGGCUAUAGAAAGUGCAAUCGGCGGUAACGCCUACCAGCACAGCAAGGUGAAUCAGUGGACCACAAACGUCGUCGAGCAAACCCUGAGUCAGCUCACCAAGCUGGGAAAGCCGUUUAAAUACAUUGUGACCUGUGUCAUUAUGCAGAAGAACGGAGCUGGGCUGCACACGGCAAGCUCUUGCUUCUGGGACAGCUCCACUGACGGUAAGACUUCCGUGUCAGCCUUCUUGGACCAUGCUGAAACUUACCUCAUAAAAGCAGUUUGAUGAGAUAGAGUAAAACCUGCAAAAGCUGGAACUUGUGUAAGGCACAAACCUGUCAGAGAAGGAAAACUAAAAUAUUUCCCACUAGAACGAGCGGUAGAAAAGUGGUAAGACUGUACCCCGUCAAAGGCGGAAAACUUGUGAGACCUGGAAAAACCAGGCAGUCGCAUCAAGUCCCGGCUCUCACAGGGUUCACUGUGUGUGCUUGAAUGUUCCAUGUCAUUGAAUGCAAGUUCAUCAGAGUUGCCUUUAAAAUUGUUUAUAAAUAAGACUUGCCAACCUUCUUUAUUUGUGUACCAUAAAAAGGCAGGUGCUUGAGUGUUGUGAUCUUCGUAUGGGAAUCCGGAAUGUCCAGUCUCCCCUUUUCCCAGUUGUCAGUGCUGACUGU